AUGGCACAGCAUCAGAGUCUUGCAAAGGACCUCUUCGAGGACAUGGGCCGCAAGGUCGCAGAGGCAAGCGCCCAAGGAGACAACGACGAGGGCAGCAAGGUUGUCGACGAGAUUGAAAGCCUGUGCAUGAACUGCCACGAGAACGGAACUACGCGCCUGCUCCUCACCCGCAUACCCUUCUUCCGCGAAAUUGUUCUCAUGUCCUUUUCAUGCCCGCAUUGCCACUUUAAGAACUCCGAGGUCCAGCCCGCUGGCGAGAUACAACAGCGAGGUGUCCGAUUCUCGCUCAGAAUCGAAACCGCCGAUGACCUCAGCCGACAGAUUAUCAAGAGUGACACUGCCAUUUUCCGCAUCGAAGACAUCGAUCUCGAGAUACCCGCAGGCAGAGGGCAGCUGACUAACGUCGAGGGCAUCAUCACCAUGGUUGCGCAAGACUUGGAGCAGAAGCAGGACGAGAGAAAAGAGGUGGUACCAGAGAUCUACGAGCAGCUGCAGGGUGUGAUCAACACACUCAAGCAGAUGUCGAGCGGAGAGAAGUUGCCGUUCAAGCUGACCAUGGACGACCCUGCCGGCAACUCUUCGAUUGAGCCUCCCACUGUCCUCUCUGCGGGCAAAUACUCCCGAAACGAGUACCCACGAACUGCCGCACAGAACGAGGCGCUGGGCCUUGGAGACACCAACGGCGAGGCACCCGCCACAGAAAUUCGACCAGAGUACCACGCUUCGCAAAUGUACCCUGAGAUGCCCUCUGCCCAUGCGCCCAUGGUGAACAACGUAGACGACGAUGAUAUCGUGGAGAACCAGGUCUACUCGUUCCCAGCCAGCUGUCCCGGAUGCACAAAGCCGUGCACUACAAACAUGAAGAUGGUCAACAUUCCUCACUUCAAGCAAGUAGUCUUGAUGAGCACCGUGUGCGAUCACUGCGGAUACCGAAGCAACGAGGUCAAGACGGGAGGUGAAGUUCCUGAAAAGGGCCGCCUCAUCACUGUUGCCGUUGACACGAAAGAGGAUCUGUCGCGAGACAUCCUCAAGGCCGAGUCAUGUGCCAUGUCUUGCCCUGAACUGAAUCUCAGUGUCGAGCCUGGUACGCUUGGUGGCCGGUUCACCACCAUUGAAGGUCUCCUGACACAAGUCCGCGACGACCUGAAAUCCUCCAUCUUUGAUGCGGGCGAUGGCGGCGACUCGAUGGACGCCGAGACGAAGCAGAAGUGGACCACUUUCUUCAACAGCCUCUCUGCUGCUAUCAACGGCGAGGACAAGUUCACCAUUGUGCUCAGAGACCCUCUUGCGAGCAGCUAUGUUCAGAGCUUCACCGCGCCAGAGCCAGACCCACAGAUCAAGGUCGAAGACUACGAGCGGACAGAGGCCGAGGAGGAGGAUCUGGGUCUGAGGGAUAUGAAGACGGAGGGCUACGAGCAAGAGCAUGCGGCGACGAACGGUGCGACGAGCAAUGGCGCCUGA